AUGGCGAAUAAUACCUUGACCUGGUCAGCCCCAUUGACCGUAGCUGUUUCUCAACGAGCAUCAAGAUUAUCGGGCGAUAAGAUUAUUCUACCUCAAUCCGCACUAGAACAGCUCCUUGCCGCAGCGCCCCUCCAGGCGGUUUCGAAUCCCAAUCCCCGCGUACACACGACGACUUUCGACCCCUUCAACUCCCACACUUUUGCUGCCGAGGCUCACGCUCGUGAACGGACUGAAGAGCGCCAACAGCAACUUCCUCACCCGCUGACCUUUCGUAUUGUCAAUCCUAAAAAUGGCCGCAUUGUACACGCUGGGAUCCGAGAGUUCUCCGCCGCGGAGAACGAGGUGAUAUUGAGUACUCUGCUACAAGAGUCAUUGGGUAUAGAGGACGGUGAUUUCACAGCUGACGUGAAUGGUGAGCUAGAGGCCGCUGAAACAGGCGAUCAAGUGACCCAACCAUCAAGAACCGGCCCUAUCGUUACAGUGCAUGCGAAACAACUACCAAAAGGCACAUACGUGCGCCUACGUCCGCUCGAGGCUGGCUAUGAGGAGGAUUGGAAGCCUCUACUUGAGCGAUAUCUGCGAGAUAAUUUCACCACCCUGACUGUCGGCGAGCUGCUCACCGUGCCGGGAACACGCAAAGAAUCCUUCCGGUUCUUGCUUGAUAAAGUUUUCCCAGAAGGGGACAGCAUCUGCAUCGUGGAUACGGAUCUGGAAGUGGAUAUCGUAGCUUUGUCAGAAGAGCAGGCCCGGGAAACGUUGCAGAAACGAUUGGAACGAUCUGCGCGCGCACCAGGUACAACGAGCGGCAGCUCAGUUGGUGGUUUGCUCUCUCUCUCGGAAGGUAUAGACGCCCAGGUCUUGCCGGGUGAAUACGUUGAUUAUGAGAUUCGAGAAUGGAACCGUGGUGAUACACUCCGAGUUAAACUCACGACGGAUGAUCAAGUCUGUCUUUUCGUCAGCCCUUAUGGCGCACGGCAAAGAGGCAAACCGCGGGCAGACAUGCAUGUCUGGGGUGAUUUAUCAUCUCAAACUUCUAAACAAGUGGAGAUAAAACCGACAAAUGUCGCUCUAGAAGGUGCUGAGGCUCUUUAUAUAUCAGUUCAUGCAACUUCCCUCGACGAAGAGACAUCGAAAUCUCCAAUACAAUAUCAUUUGUGCAUCGUGGCAAAUGAUGCCCCUGAAGAAGCUGGGCAAGAGGUUGAGACGCAUGAGCUCGGUGAGGUCCAGUGCCACAAUUGUCAGCAAUGGGUGCCGCAGCGAACAUUAGUUCUCCACGAAAACUUUUGUCUCCGGAACAACAUUUUCUGCACCCAAUGUCACAACGUUUUCCAGAAGCGAUCUCCCGAAUGGGAGCAGCACUGGCACUGUCCCCACGAUUCGUCCUAUGGAAGUGAUGUAUCCAGUAAAGAGAGUCACGACUCGAUCUUCCACAGCUACCACGACUGUCCAGAUUGCGAUGCUAAAUUUGAAGGGCUGCCUGCACUAGCACAGCACCGUACUACUGAGUGUCCAGGCAAGCUGAUUCUCUGUCAAUUCUGCCACCUUCUUGUACCACAAAAGGGCGAGUCAGACCCAGAUCUCCACGAUCCAGAAGUCAUGGUCUCCGGACUUACCCCUCACGAACUGGUCGAUGGAGGCCGCACGACAGAAUGCCACCUAUGCAAUAAGAUUGUCCGGCUCCGGGAUAUGAACACCCACCUUCGCCAUCACGAGCUGGAGCGCGUCUCCCGCCGAGCGCCCCGUAUCUGCCUGAACCAGAAUUGCGGACGCACUCUCUCUAACGCCGGGAGCAAGUCCCUUGCCCUAUGCAACAUUUGCUUUGGACCAUUGUAUGUGGACACGUACGAUCCAGAGGGCAAGGCGCUACGUCGACGGAUUGAGCGGAGAUAUCUGUCACAGAUGAUGACGGGAUGUGGCAAGCAAUGGUGCCAGAACCAGUACUGUAAAACAGGGAAACAAAACACCCAAUCUGCGUCUGCUUCUGCCAUGACUGUGGCCGAUAUCAUGAAGGCGAUACGGCCUCUUGUUGAUGGUAUCAACACUAAACCUGAUCAAGAGAAUACUGAGCCCGUCUAUUUUUGCACCGAUGAAACGGGCCAGGUUCGUCGUAACCUAGCACAGAUGAUCUGUGCCGAGGGCGCUACUGGAGACAAAGCCUACGACCUCGCCUGGUGUGUUGCUGGUGCAGAGGCUGCCUGUGGAGACCUGGAGAAGACGAGAGAGUGGCUUGCCAGAUGGGCACCCACGCAAGGGGAGAGGGGUGUUGAUUCUUAG